CUGCUGCCAGUUUCACUGAAGCACCAAGAUGCCAGCCCUGGACAGCUCACUGAAACUUGCAACACUCAGUCUGCUGCUGGCCAGUUUGCUGCCCGGACCCGGGCAAGCCUGGUACAAGCAGGCAGCCGGACCCACCUACUACUCGGUCGGCAGAGCCUCCGGGCUCCUAUCCGGCAUCCGCCGCUCUCCCUACAUUCGCAGAUCGGAGCCCGGCCCGGGGCCAGAGGCGGCAGGGAACGGCGUGGAGCCGGAGCAGGGCAGUCAGCACCGGGCUCCCGCCCUCAUCAAAACCAUGGCUGUCUGCUUGAAAGACAUCUCUCCCAACCUGCAGAGCUGUGAACUCAUCCAGGAUGGUCUGAACACUUUCCAAUGCAAGGCUGAUGUAUAUCUGUCGCUGGACUCACAGGACUGUAUGAACGCCUGAUCCCACUCAUUCUCUCGCCCUCAACAGAAACCCCUACAAACUGAUCCUGACACUCAGUGUUUCAUUACUUAUAUCCAUUUUGAACAAUUUAGAAUUGACCCUGAAUUUUAAUGUUAACUCCGAGCUCAUGAACCUGUGUUAAAAUACAAGAAACUAAUUCCUUUGCUGCAGGGCAGUCCCCCAGUGUCUAUUUUUGUUAAUGAUCGAUUGCAAUAUUUAAAAACAUUUCGGUGAAUAUGGAGAACCAUUGUAUAAAUGAGCUGUGCAUUGGUGCAAUUCUAAUGUGUCUGUAACUUUAAAUGACUUAUUAAUUAUAUUUCAGCCUUAAAACGUG